CCAUCCGACACUUAUCAUUUUACCAUUAAUAUUGCUCGCUUCUUAAAAGUUGAAACUCAUCCUUUUUUCAUUUCAAUAAAGAAGAAUGGGAGUGUAUAACCUGUUUAAACUGUCAAUGCUACUAAGCCUGCUGUCCGACAUCAAGUUAGCCCCCUCAUGGCAGUCACAUACUAAUAAACUGCUGGCCGUGCCACAGUGUGACCGCAUCGAGUGUCCAACCUACGACGUGGUUCACUCGGGUGAUGGAUAUGAAAUUCGUGUCUAUAAUUCCAGUAUGUGGGCCACCACUUCUCCCAUUGAUGAUAUUUCCUUUGUUGCUGGCACUCGCUCCGGCUUCCUACAGUUAUUCAACUACAUUCUAGGGAAAAACAACUACAACCAGCCGAUAGAAAUGACAGCUCCAGUUUUAACCGAGAUUGUUCCAAGUGACGGACCAUUUUGUAAAUCUUCAUUCAUUGUGAGUUUUUAUGUGCCAAAGAAAAAUCAAGCUAAUCCACCUCCUGCUAAGGACAUCACAAUCAAUAAAUGGGGACCUACUUACGUAGCAGUGCGCCAAUUCGGUGGAUUUGUGACGGACUCAAUGGUAGGCGUUGAAGCUGCAGCCUUGUCCACCAGUCUCUCUGGCACAAUCUGGUCUGAUGCUAUUAAAAAAACUCAUGCUGGUGAAAUCACAACAGUCUACACGGUUGCGCAGUACAAUUCGCCAUUUGAGUUUGACAACAGAGUGAAUGAGAUUUGGUUCACUUUUGAUAUGUGAGCAUCUGAAGGGGAAGAGAAGAGAUAUCGAUCAGCACGUAUCGAGAAUACAUGUGUGUAGUAUGUAAGAAUAAUAGGUGAAGUUUUUUGACACGAUCAUACAUUCGAAAUGUUUGUAUAGUUGAACAUGUUAUGGUAUCGGAAAGAAUAAAUAAAACACCCCUAUUUUCUUACAAGAA